AAGAGGACAAAAUCGGAGACAUCUGGAGUUAAGGUGUCAGAUCUGCAACCUUUGGUGGGCAGAUAACGAAAUUUGGUGGCAAGAUGAGGACACUUAUUCUAGCGGUUGUCGUCUGCCUUUUGACGGGGCAGGCUCUGGCUGUCACCUGCCCGGCAGGAUGGGCUACCUUCGGCUACUCAUGUUACAAGUUCAACGCAGAACGGUUACCAUGGAUGGACGCGCACCGCCGGUGUAACAUGGUCCAGGAAUAUGGUCCAAAUGGACAGGUCUACCGCGCGGACCUGGUCACCAUCGAGAGUCCCAUGGAGGACAAGUUCGUCUACAACUGGCUCUAUAAGACGGGAGCGUCUCAGAACAAAGUCUGGAUCGGAUUGGUUGAGAAGACUCAGAACAUGUAUCAGUGGAUUGAUCAUACUCCUGUGGCGUACACCAACUGGAAGGUAGAUCAACCCCAGUUAAACUGGCACCGACAAGCCGCCCACAUCUUCAACGGUCGUGAGCUCCAAACCUGGGUCACAUCGAACUGGAGAACCCCCAUGUCCUACGUCUGCAAACUCCGAUUCGGACCUCCUUAUCGGGGACCGGGCGUUUCGAUUCCACCCGGCAACCCGAACCAACCGGGUGGUCCGAAUCAACCCACCAGGCCCUUGUACCCGAAUCGACCAAACACACCUAUUGUGCCAAACAACAGGCCAUACAACCCGAAUCGGCCAAAUAAUCCCAACAGGCCAUACAACCCGAAUCAGCCAAAUAAUCCUAACCGACCUAUGAAUCCGAAUCAGCCAUACAACCCUAACCAGCCUAACAACCCGAACCGACCCGUAAAUCCAAACUUCCCAAACAACCCUAACCAGCCUUACAACCCGAACCGACCAGUGAAUCCAAACUUCCCAAACAACCCUAACCAGCCUAACAACCCGAACCGACCCGUGAAUCCAAACUUCCCAAACAACCCUAACCAGCCUAACAACCCAAACCGACCCGUGAAUCCAAACUUCCCAAACAACCCUAACCAGCCUAACAACCCGAACCGACCCGUGAAUCCAAACUUCCCAAACAACCCUAACCAGCCUAACAACCCAAACCGACCCGUGAAUCCAAACUUCCCAAACAACCCUAACCAGCCUAACAACCCAAACCGACCCGUGAAUCCAAACUUCCCAAACAACCCUAACCAGCCUAACAACCCAAACCGACCCGUGAAUCCAAACUUCCCAAACAACCCUAACCAGCCUAACAACCCAAACCGACCCGUGAAUCCAAACUUCCCAAACAACCCUAACCAGCCUAACAACCCGAACCGACCCGUGAAUCCAAACUUCCCAAACAACCCUAACCAGCCUAACAACCCAAACCGACCCAUGAAUCCAAAUCAGCCAAACAACCCGAACCAGCCUAACAAUCCGAACCGACCCGUGAAUCCAAACUUCCCAAACAACCCUAACCAGCCUAACAACCCGAACCGACCCGUGAAUCCAAACUUCCCAAACAACCCUAACCAGCCUAACAACCCAAACCGACCUAUGAAUCCAAAUCAGCCAAACAACCCGAACCAGCCUAACAAUCCGAACCGACCCGUGAAUCCAAACUUCCCAAACAACCCUAACCAGCCUAACAAUCCGAACCGACCCGUGAAUCCAAACUUCCCAAACAACCCUAACCAGCCUAACAAUCCGAACCGACCCGUGAAUCCAAACUUCCCAAACAACCCGAACCAGCCUAACAACCCGAACCGACCCGUGAAUCCAAACUUCCCAAACAACCCUAACCAGCCUAACAACCCGAAUCGACCCGUGAAUCCAAACUUCCCAAACAACCCGAACCAGCCGAACCGACCCCAGAACCCUAAUUGGCCUAACCAACCAAACCAACCCCAGAACCCUAACCAACCGAACAGACCCCAGAACCCGAAUUGGCCUAACCAACCGAACCAACCCCAGAACCCUAACCAACCGAACAGACCCCAGAACCCUAAUUGGCCUAACCAACCGAACCAACCCCAGAACCCAAAUAAUCCCAACCAGCCUCCAUUCAGGGGUUAAACGGACUACAACAUCUUUGUCUAGCCUACAUGUCCAAGUGAAAGGGGAAGUCAUUAUGCAGUGACAUUUUAAUAUUUAACGCUAGUCAUUUAUCGAUCUGUAGGCCUGAAACCUAUUUUCUGUUAUUGAAGUCACAACACGAAAACGCUUUCUUUAAUGUGAUGAAUUAAGAAACCGGUUCGAAAGGCAAAAAGGGUGCGUUUAUUGAAUCAAAGAUGAUUGCACCCCCACCAUAUAUCCGUACCCUAUUCCCCCUCCCCAUCAGUUUCCUAGCAUUUCAAACCCUCUUGUAAGACUGUUGCGCCCCCGGCCGCACCCGUAAACUGAACCACCUGAACUCAAAGCAGCACGCGGGCUACGCCACUGUGUUAGGCCAUGCCGAAUCAAAUCAGUAUCUGUUUUAUGUUAGUCUAUAAAGAAACAGAUGUCGAAAUCGGGGACAUAAGACUUUGUAAUUAGCGGAAAUUGCAGAACAAAAUAACUUCAGAAGAGGGCAUUUCAUAUAGAAAUGAACACUAAUGCACUUAUGUACUCGUGGAAAUAAAGGUCUUCCACUCUUUCCCUUUUCCCCUUCUGAAUCUUGGUUUUGUUGAGAGUUGCGCCCUCAAGCUAUUCAAUCAUGUCAAUAGCUUGGAAAAUUCAAAUUUUGUUUCCCCUAAGACACCUCCCUUCCCGCGUCCAAUCGCCCUUUUAAAUGGUUGUUCUUACACUACGCCGAUGUGUUUAUGUAUAUAGUGUAUGUGUUUUUGUUUUUUCACCUAGCAAUGUGAUGUGAUUUUGGAUGUUUUACCGUAAUAAUGUAUAGUUCUUGUUUUUCAGUUGAUAGACUUUUAAAAGAGUCAGCACACACUUUUCGAAAAGCUUUGUAAUAAAUAUUUAAUUUUUAUUAAAAUAAUACACUUUUUGUUACUUUUAAAUUCUCUAAAAAAAUUAGAUUUUUUUAAUUUCAGGAAGAUCAUUAUUGUAUAAAACUCAGACUUUUUUUAUCAGUAUGAAGAACGAAAUACGAUUCCGAACUAGCGGCGAUUGAUGUAAUUGCCAUUAUCAUGAAUAUUACUGUACAGCUUUUCAACGAUUUUAUGGAAUUAUGUUUCACUACAUUGUAUUAAACUGAAUUUGAUGAAAUUCAAUUAAUCAUGUA